AUGUUCAGAGCAUUCGCGAGGUCAAUGAGUGUGGCAGCAAAUAAAAGUAUCGAGGGUCCACUAGCUUGUAGAAUUGCAUCUAAGAUCCGUCUGAAAUUUCCUGCAAUGACCCAUUUCGCGAUGUACAACGAUUCUUACAAACACGCGGGUCAUCAUGGGAUUGCGGAUGCUGCUGAGAAAAUUGAAUCUCAUUUCCGCCUUGAGAUCAUAAGUGAUGAGUUCCAGGGAAUGCCACUCCCCAAACGACACCGUUUGGUGUACUCAAUUCUCGAUGAAGAACUGAAAAGCGGCGUCCACGCAUUGCAGCUCACAACGAGAACCGUAGCUGAACAGAGCAAGAGACAGCCAACAGAAUGA